AUGGGCACCUUUUUUGAACAAAAACGAAUACAUAAGGCUACGUGGCGUUGGCCGGGAAAUAGAGGCUCGAAUCAAACUGAUCAUAUUCUUGUCGAUGGCAGGCAUUUUUCGUCAAUCCUCGAUGUUAAGGUUUGCAGAGGAACUAACUGCGAUUCAGAUCACUAUUUGGUAACAUCUGUAAUAAGACAGAGUGUAACUAAGAUAGAACAACAAAAUAUAAGAAAAAUUUGCAAAUGGGAUGUGGAUAAACAGAAAACAGCGAGUAAUCUGGAAAGGUAUCGCAGCGUGAUACAAAAUAAGUUCCAGGAAAGAUAUUGCGAAGAGAAAUGCCGCACAAUAGAAAGCGGAAUACUCAAUUCGGCAGAAGAAAAAAAUGCAGCACAUAUAGGAGACCAAUUAGCUCCUGAAGUUCUGUCAAGAGCACAACACGCUUAUACUAAGGGCAGAUCCACGGAGACUGCUCUCCAUACACUUGUCUCUAAUAUUGAAAAGGCCUUAGAAUACAAAGAAUACGCUCUAGGAGUUGUUCUGGAUAUUGCGGGUGCUUUCAAUAAUGUAUCAACGCAAGCUAUUUUAAAUAGCUUAGAUGAUGUUGGUAUAGACUCAGCCACAUAUCAAUGGAUUGCAAGCCUUUUAAGCUGCAGACAGAUAAGGGCAGAAUGGAACGAUACAACUCUAGCUAGGGAAACAUGUAGAGGAACCCCGCAGGGAGGCGUUCUCUCACCCCUUCUCUGGUUACUGGUAAUCAAUAAAAUUCUUAAACAAUUUGAUGGUAAAGCUCCGAAACUAAUUGCAUAUGCGGACGACAUCGCAGUAGUUAUAACGGGGAGAUGCCUAUCUACUCUAAGUGCGUUAAUGAGCGACGCUCUCAAAUUAAUUUACAACUGGGCGACUGACGCUGGCUUAAGCGUAAACGCAGAAAAAACUGACACAAUACUUUUCACAAGAAAGUACAAGGUCACAGCAUGGACGCCACCUAACUUGAACGGAACUCUUCUGCCACUGAAAACUCAAACGAAAUACCUUGGAGUAAUUGUGGAUAGCAAACUGGCGUGGAAGCCUAAUGUAGAAGAACGGGUAAAGAAGGCAACAAAUGCUUUAUACGCAUGUAAAAGGAUGCUGGGAAGUACAUGGGGUCUCUCACCCGGUCUUAUGUACUGGUGCUACACGGCUAUAGUUAGACCUAUAUUACUUUACGGUAUAUUAGUUUGGUGGACAGUUGUGAAAAAGAAAACAUAUAUAAAACCCCUGGAAAAGGUCGAAAGACACGCGGCGAUGUGCAUCACCGGUGCAAUAAGAACAACUCCGACGGCAGCUCUAGAAGCUAUACUAAACUUACCCCCAAUUGAUAUCUUUGCCGAGAAUAUGGCGGCAAAAACGGCCGAACGGCUACGCAUUACUGGGCAACUUACUCGAAGAUCUUUCGGGCAUAACGUUGUAAAUCAGAACGCCACUCUUGAUUCGGAUUAUAUGAUUCUGGUCAUGUACCCCGGAGCAACAAUAAAAACUGUGAUCGAAAACGAAGGAUGGAAAAAAGGCAUGGUGCCAAAAUGCAACACCAUAAAUGUUUUCACAGACGGUUCAAAGAUGGAAGUGGGAGUAGGAGCUGGCAUAUAUUGUGCGGAAUUGAGCAUAAGAAUGCCGUUUAAACUUCCCAACUACUGCAGUGUAUUCCAAGCAGAAGUGUUUGCUGUUAAGAAAGCGGCGGAGCUUGUGUGUAGGGAGGAAACCAGAAAGUACUGCAUAAAUUUCUAUGUGGAUAGCCAAGCAGCCAUUAAGGCGAUCAAAUCUUACUGGUCAUCAUCCAAAAAUGUUCUAGAAUGCAAGGAAGCUAUAACAAGACUAGCCUGCAACCGCAGACUUUGUAUGUACUGGAUUCCUGGUCAUAAAGGCAUAGAGGAAAAUGAGACAGUUGAUGCUAUUGCUAAAAAUGGCGCAAAACUUUCAGAGGAACAAACGAACGAACCAAUAAAUAUUGGUUCUCGCCCGUGCGACUAG